AUGGGGCGCUACAGUGGCAAAACAUGCCGCUUAAUUUUCAUGCUGGUCAUCACGUUCAUUUUCUUCGUGGCAGAGAUAGUGGCCGGAUACAUGGGGAACUCCAUAGCUCUGGUAUCAGACUCUUUCAACAUGCUAUCGGACAUCAUAUCGUUAUGUGUGGGCUUGACGGCCUCGUAUGUUUCGCGCCGUGCCGGAUCAGGGCGCUCCACAUACGGUUGGGUCCGAGCAGAGGUGGUCGGUGCCCUGGCCAACGCAGUUUUCUUGGCCGCCCUGUGCUUCUCCGUCUCGGUGGAGGCAUUAAAGCGACUGGUGCGGCCCGAGGCGAUUGACGAUCCCGGACUGGUUCUUGUGGUCGGCGCUCUGGGGCUAGCUGUGAACGUUGUCGGGCUGUUGAUUUUCCAAGACUGCCGACGAUGCUGUUCAAGGAUGAAGAGGAGAGAGAGAGAGAGAGAGAGAGAGAGAGAGAGAGAGAGAGAGAGAGAGAGAGAGAGAGAGAGAGAGAGAGAGAGUCUGCACAGUGACCAGCCAAAGGAGGAAGGACAGCCCCUCAACAUCAGAGGUGUGUUGCUCCACGUCCUGAACGACGCGCUGGGCUCGGUGGUGGUGGUGGUGGCCUCGGCCCUGUUCUAUGUGUGGCCCCUGGCCCCUGAGGACCCCUGUAACUGGCAGUGCUACGUGGACCCCAGUCUCACGCUGGUCAUGGUGACCAUCAUCAUGUGCUCGGCCGCGCCGCUGGUCCGGGAGACCUCCAGUAUGCUGCUGCAGAUGAGCCCUGCGGACCUGAACCUUACAGCGCUCAUGGAGGAGGUGUGUGCCGUGCCUGGGGUGCUGGGCAUCCACGACGUGCAUGUGUGGGAGCUGUGCAAGGGCCGCCUGGUGGCCACUCUCCACGCGCGCUGCUCCCCCGACCACCAGGGCGGCGCCGCCCUCUCCCUCCUCACCCUCCAGAUCCGCCAGAUCUUCCACCAGGCCGGGGUGCACAGCCUCACCCUCCAGCCCGAGUUCGGAGAGCCGCAGCCAGGGAGCAAAGGGGUGUGCGCGGCCCCCUGUCCGGAGGCGUCCUGCCUGAAGCUCUCCUGCUGCUCGCCCGGGAGAACAGAGAGUACGGCUGUGAACAGCAACGGGCAUGCUCCUAGUUCGACCACCACGCGGCUCACGGAGGUCUCUGUGGAGAUGGCGGAGAGCACCAAGGCCCUGCUGAGGGAGAGGGCGGGGGUGGGGGUGGGGGCGGGGGCGGGGAAGAGCAUCCAGAGCACGGAAAUGUAA